CAUAGGGAAGUCAAAAACCUGUGUGCCUCUUGCUCUAUGUCUGUUCUUGAGUUUCCCACUUAGACCUGUACUAAAGAUGUUGUCACGAAAUCUUUUAAUUGCUUCAGUAGCAUUUGUCUUCCUGGCAACAGCAGUUGUAGCUGCUCCAGUUGAAGACAAAGAACCAGAGGAAAAUGAUUUUGAAGCAGAAGAGGGUGAGGAAGAGCUCUCGGAGGAGGAAGAGGAUGAUGAUGACUCCAAAGGUCAACAUAUGAAGGGAGCUGGAGCCCAGCAAGCCACAAUGGUGCCCAAGGGCCCUGGUGUGACUGUUCUGCCUGGCACUUCUCCGGUGGGCGAACCUCCAAAUGGUUACAAAGUGAAUGGAGCUGGAGCUGCACAGACAAGCCUUGGAUCAUCAAGUGGCUCAGCAACAGCAACUGGUACUGAUGGAAGUAAUGGAAGAGAUUCCCAAGCCUUGCCCCCAGGUUCUCAAGUUGCAGUUUUAAGUGUGGCUGGUCACUGGAGCUCAACGUCAAAAGUACCUGGUGCAGCGGAUGCUCCACACUCACACUCAGAGUCUCAUGGUUCACCAAGCCAAGUUUCACUGAGCCAUGUGUCAUCAGGCGAUGUUGCUUCAAGCCAUGUGUCAAGUCUGAUGUCACCAGAUCAGACAAGUGGUUCAGCUUUUGUGUCCUCUGAAGUCCAGUCGCAAACAGAAGAAGCAGCAACUACGGAUGGAUCAAUACAUGAAAAUGGUGACAAUGGUGAAAUCCAUACACUUCAUAUUGGAUCUCAGAUUGAAGCUCCAGGCUCAGAGUCAGUAUUAGAGAAACCAGAGACUGAAGCUAAUGGUAAUGGACACAAACAACUCAUUAAUGGGGAAGAGACAGGACACCCAGGCAUGAAUAAUUUCAUGGAGGGCACGACUCAGAUAGACUCAACAGGUGGUUUUGAAUCAUUUGGUUCCAAUCUGGAAAUUACAGGUAUUAUAGACCAUUCCAGCCAUGACUUCCUUAUCGGUUUAAUGGGCGGCCUGGGGGACAAUUUUGCUCCAGAUCCCUACACCGACAUUAUAGGUAUGUCUUCAGACCUCACUGAAGCUCCUUCAGAUGUUUUGCCCACAUGUCUAAUCAAUCAUGCUAUCUCAGCAGAUCACAUGGGACUUGCUUUCCAGGUAGAAUCAACAGGAGCUUCAAUGGAUCCUGAACUCCCAGCCAUUAUCAGCUCAGCUCCUCCAGACAUUCACUCGGCUCCUCACUCUGAAGGAAAUGGGCCAGUUGCAUCUGCCAAUGAUUAUUCAGUGACCUCUGACAAUGGUGUUCAGUUCUACUCCCCUGGAGAAAUGACAGAUGGUGCUGAUACACCCAGUAUAAACGGCAAUGGCCGUCUCAGACCAGUUAUAGACACACACAAAGGUGAUCCCUCUGGGACCAGCAUUCACCUUUACACAACUCUCAUCUCAGCAGGUGAACACCACGGACUCAUAACACACACAGACAUGGCAGAAACCCUGGAUGUUAAGGACCCCACCAUUAGCCCACUCACAGACAUCCCCUCGGAAGCUGCGGUCACGUCACACGCUGCAGGUGUGGGAACACACACGGACGUGACAGCAGGUUUACAAGGCGAAUCGGUGACCAAUGGACACAGACAGAUUGACAUAACAAUCAUGAGUGAGUCCAUCUACAGUUCUACACCUCCAGAUACAUUAGGGUAUGAAAGCACUGGUGUGACUGAAGGAAUCUCAAAUCAUACAGAUUCUGUGAUUGAUAAUGGAGCUGGAUUUACAGAUGCCUCACAGACACAUUAUAGCAUGGCUCAGACGGAGCUCAUAGUCACAGGGGAUCCAGCUGGAGUCUCCUCACACACACAUGCUACGGGAACAGCUGUCGCUGAACCUCAAGGGACUCUUAGGGGUCUAAACCAACCUGGUGCUACUGAACAGACACAAGCAGCUGUUUCAGCAGGUGAACAGUACCACACAUCUGGUCAGGGUCCUGAAGGUGCAGAAAAUGUGGAACUGGAAGAUACCUGCUGACUUCCACAUGAAGCCCCGUGUGAGGUUUCUGCGCUACAGAUUUCAGUGUAUGGACCAGACGGCCUGGCAGAGGAACAGCGACCCCGACCACUAGCCUUAGCUUUGAUUCAUGUGUCUCAGUUUUUUAUGUUUAAAUAUUUAAACAUUAAGAUGACACUGUAAUGAACAGGUUAUUGCACCUGUUUGUAAUUUUAAGCAGCCACACCGUAGUUUUUUAUUCGAAGGUGAGAGGGACAAAUUUAAUCAGAGGGGAUAAAUUCUGACCCUUUAAACUCCACGUGUUUAAACACACACAAGGUUUCAAAUCUAACUUCUUGCUGUAUUUCCCUGCCUAGCUGUGUGAACAAUAUCUCUACAAGUGUCAUAUAUUGUACAUUUCUAAAUGUCAUUUGAAUCACAUUAAAUUCAACGUCUAUUUUGA